CCUCUUCCCGGGGCAUGCCCUCCAGCUCGUACCGGGAUAUGCCAGGUGGCUUCCUGUUUGAAGGGCUCUCUGAUGAUGAGGAUGACUUUCACCCAAGCGCCAGGUCCACGCCCUCGAGCAGCACACCCAGCUCCCGCCCAGCUUCCCUGGGGUACAGUGGAGCUGCCGGGCCCCGGCCUAUCACCCAGAGCGAGCUGGCCACCGCCCUGGCCCUGGCCAGCACUCCAGAGAGCAGCUCUCACACGCCAACUCCUGGCACCCAGGGCCAUUCCUCAGGGACCUCCCCAGUGUCAUCCGGCGUCCAGUCAGGGACGCCCAUCACCAAUGAUCUCUUCAGCCAAGCUCUACAGCAUGCGCUGCAGGCGUCCGGGCAGCCCAGCCUUCAGGAACAGCUGGGGAUGGCAGUGUGA